UAACAUUCUUUAUUCUAAGCUCCCAUCACCGAUCAUCUCAUUGGUGUGUGUUUAUAGUUGUUGCUUCUUAUUUUCCAUCUCUUUUUUCUUUUUCUUUUUGUGUUUUUUAUUCGCAUCGGAGUUGCAUUGAUUAAAUUCUUGGUUCUUGAUAUUAAUAUAGCACUUGCAGUGUAUUUAAUUUUACUACUCCCUCAUCCCAAAUGAUUUGUCUUUUUUUAUUUGCAUUGCAGUUGCAUCGAUUAAAUUCUUGGUUCUUGGGUUCUUCUUGACAAUGUAGCAGUGGGGAUGUUUUAACAGAUAACUUAACUAUGCAUUAAAUACCAUAAGUAGUCUUAGUACCAAAAUAGUAGUACUACUUGUUUUUGUAUCUAGUGGACCCGCCCUAAGUGAAUAUUUGGGAAAGAGGGACUUUCUUGGUACAGGCAAUUCUUGGUUACUGUAUUGUUGAUGGUGCGUUACAAUUUUUCUUGAUCUAUCCAUACCAAAUAUGCUAUCAUUGAUUUCUGUUUAUGUAUGUUUGUUAGGUUUAAACUAGAUUGGAACUCACAAUAGCAUGGCUUUUUUAUAUAAAUGUGAUAAAUAUUUUGGAGAAUCAGUUCCUCAUGUUUCUUGUAUAUGCAAUUUGUUUUAUUGCUUGGUAGUUUUUUUUUUUUUUUUUUCCAUUUAGCUAAGAAUUUGGUAGCAACAAGCUUUGGUUUUAAAAGAAAUUAUUACUUGAUAAAAAAAGUGGCAAUGCAUUAUUAACCUAUGAAUUGGGAAUGAUAUCUUAGUUGCUGCACCAAAAGGAAACAUCUCUUCUUGUUGUAUAAUAAGUGCAGAUAAGUAACUAUUCUGUGAUGCCAACACUAUAGAUAGUUUUUUGGUCUUGUGUGCUGCGUUUCCAACCAAUACUUCGUUUCCUCAUUUAAUUGAUAAUGGAAUGAAGUUUUGUUCUUUAACAUUCUAGUGGAGAUCAGUUGGAUCUAAUCUUGGAGCAUGUGUUCAAAUUUCUACCAACUUAUGAGUUAUCAUUGAGAUCUGAUAUCAUAAUUGAUACAGAAUGCUCAUGAUUCCAAAUAUACCAUUAUUUACCUGUUGUAUCUUUGAGGAAAUCUAAACUUGAGGAAAAAAUAUAAAAUAAGCUGUUUCUUGGAACUAGAAAAUUUGAGCUGGCACAUGCGGUAUUUUGUGGGAAUGUGACCUACAAUCGUGUUUGCUAAUGGAUUCGCUAUCUAACUUUUGAUCCGUCUUUUGGGAGCAUAUAGGAACUUGAUCGAAACGGGAAGGAUAGGCUCACAUUCUUUAAUACACCUCUGAGUCGUCAAUGGGAUUUAGUUGAGAUUAGACUCAAAUGUUUCAAUACCUUAUUAACCUGUCAAAUGGAUUUAUUUGGGAUAUUUAAUGAUGUUAUUAGGAAAAACUCUCUUCUAAGAAACACUACUUUGUAACAGUUGCUAAUUCUGCAGAGCAGCCUCUUUCUUUCGUCUUCGCAUUCUAGUCAUCUUUGAUACAUGCACAAGUCUAGGCUCUCUAUUAUCAAGUUGAUUGGAGGAUUGGUGUAAAGUUUACUAUAGAAUAUGCUUCAGACAAACUAUAUGUAUACUAUGUAGGAUUGAAUCUCUGUGGAGCUUUUCUUGCUUUGUAUAUUGACAAAAAUCUUUGCUUUUGAGAGGUCUUUUCCUCGUGAAUGAAGAAGAAAGACAAGUAAUUGAUACAAUUUGACCAAAUUACUUCCAGAUUAAAAUGCGAAAUGAACAAGCCAGCUUUAAAUCUUUGAACAUCAAUUGUGUAGCCUAUUAAGGCAAUCCAAAGAAGCUCCAAGAACUUAUGCAUCUUUGGGUCAGAGGUGGCUUUGGGGAACUUUAGCUUUUCACUUUCUGGAAAUGAAGACAGCAUUGCUUAAGUGACCUUUACCUUCAGAGAAACAAAUUGGUAAAGGAUUUGUUCCCAUAGGGCGUAGGUUACCCCCUGACACCUACUUAAACCAUAUUUUUUUUAUAUAACAGAAAUCUUCAAGUUUCACCUAGAAAUCCACAUAUGAAUUGUGGAAAUAUAUCUAAGAUGGGAGUCAACAAAUAUUUUUAUUCCCCUUACUCCACUAGUAGCAUGUCUUCAAAUUUAUAAGCGGUUUGAUCUCAGGAUGAUUGGCUAUUGCAGAUGUACCCAGUCAUUUGAAUCAUUCUAUUUGUUCUGCAGUAAAUUCUGUUGUGUGGUCUAAUUAUCGACAUCUAUUGAUACAUGUGCUAUGUCAUUUACAAUUCUGCCUGACAGUAGGACAAAGUUAUGGGUUAUAUAAAUCCUUGCUUUUUUUUUUUUUUUUUUUUGAGAAAGGCAAUAGUGUUUCUAUGAGAAGGAUCUUUCUAUUUUUUGUCCUCCCUUUUUAUUUUGCUUAGUAUUUUUCAUAUUUUGUGCGUGUCGCUGCCAGGACGCACAUUCCUUAUAAGAGCACAACAUAAGCUUGCAUGCAGACAUGUCUCUAACUCCAGCUGCUGAAUUUUUUAUUUCUAUAUGCCUAGUUUCAAAAGAAUUUGUAUAUUUCAAAAUUAUUUUCUGAAAUCCCCUUCUAUGAUCUAUUCUUUGUAUGUACUCCAGAUGCAAUGAAAGCACCAGAUGCAUGAAAGCUCCGGAUGUAACGAAAAUGGAUGAGGUGAACAAUUCGCUUGAUACUUCCAUUAGGCAAACUAUGGGAAAGGAACCCCUGCUUUCAUUACCAAGAACGGGGGAAAGUCCUGCUCAAUGGAUUCAGUGGCUUCAUUCUAUAGAUCAGCCAGAUAUUAUUCAGAUGCAGAAGUGCGAGAAAUGUUCCAGGGAAUUUUGUUCACCUAUUAAUCACAGAAGACAUAUACGUCUGCACCGCAAAUCCUUAAAUUCUGAUAAGGAGUCUCGCGAAUACAGGGAUUUAUUGGGAGCAUUUUGGGACAAGCUCUCAUUGGAUGAGGUUAAAAAAGUUGUAUCAUUGCAAGAUAUUUCACUAAAGGAAAUUUCUGGAUCUGUACUUGUUCAUGCCUUGUCAACAGCUUUGGGCAAACAAGGGUUUUGGUCUCUUCCUCGUGUUUAUGUUAAGGCUGGUUCAAAGUUGCUGGAAGUCAUCCAAGCUAAACCUGCCAGUCUUCCAGUGACCUCCAAGGAAUUAUUUAGUAUCCUUGAUGAUGCUAGUGAGAGAACAUUCUUAUGUGCUGGCACAGCUGAGUCAGUGGAAAAAUAUGUUUUUGAUGGAGAAGCUGCCAAAAUUGGUUUAGACUCAAAGAAUCUGGUUGCUUGCACUAGCUUCCUUUUUGAACAGAAACUGGUUAAAGCAUGGGUUGCCAACAAAGAUGCUGAAGCUUUGAAAUUCGAAAAAUUGCUUUUUGAGGAGGAAGAAGCUGCUCAAAAAAAGAAAGCUGAGCUAUUAGAGAGGAAAAAAGUGAAAAAGUGUCGACAGAAGGAACAGAAAGCAAGGGAGCAAUCAAAUGAGGAAAAAGGACAUCUGGAGGUACCAGCUGAUUGUGUUGAAGUUCCAUCAGCAGAAGCAGAUAGCCUUACAGGACCAUCUGGUUCCUAUUCCAAUAAUCCUGAUGUACCUCUGGACGUCUCCACCAAUCUUGAACUGGUUCAAUUCUCUAGUAAUGAAGAUAUGAGCGUUGAAUCCCAAUAUAAUCUCUCUCACCAACAUCUGGAUUCAGUUAAAGUUCAGAAUGUUGAACCCCAACGCACUUCUGCCAAUAGUCGACGGAAAAAAGUGAAAAAGCGUCGACAAAAGGAACAGAAAGCAAGGGAGCAAUCAAAUGAGGAAAAAGGAAAUCUGGAGGUACCAGCUGAUUGUGUUGAAGUUCCAUCGGCAGAAGCAGAUAGCCUUCCAGGACCAUCUGGUUCCUAUUCUAAUAAUCCUGAUGUGUCCCUGGACAUCUCCACUAAUCUUGAACUGGUUCAAUUCUCUAGUAAUGAAGAUAUAAGCGUUGAACCCCAAUAUAAUCUCUCUCACCAACAUCUGGAUUCGGUUAAAGUUCAGAAUGAUGAACCCCAACCCACUUCUGCCAAUAGUCGAUGGGAAAAAGUGAAAAAGUCUCGACAAAAGGAACAGAAAGCAAGGGAGCAAUCAAAUGAGAAAAAAGGAAAUCUGGAGGUACUAGCUGAUUGUAUUGAAGUUCUAUUGGCAGAAGCAGAUAGCCUUCCAGAACCAUCUGAUUCGUAUUCUAAUAAUCCUGAUGUAUCUCUGGACGUCUCCACAAAUCUUGAACUGGUUCAAUUCUCCAGUAAUGAAGAUGUGAGUGUUGAAUCCCAAUAUGAUCUCUCUCACCAACACCUGGAUUCGGUUAAAGUUCAGAAUGUUGAACCCCAACCAGUGUCUGUCAAUAUUCGACGGCAUUCUGCCAAUGCUGAGUGGCAAACUCCAAAAUCGCAAAGGUCUGGGCAAAAUAGUAACAAUCAAAAUCAUCAAGCAAAAGUUGUACCUUUACAGAAGCACAAGGACAGUGGUACCCCUGUUAAUAGCAGUAAGAUAACAAGAAAAGUUAGAGUGGAAAGUGAUGAUGCUUCAAUACUGGAGGUGCAGAAAGAAGGAAUAGGUCAGAAACACAGAAACUCUGAGGUGAUGAUUGGUUCUAUAUCUAUUCCAGUGAAAGAUUGCAGUACUAUCCAGCAAGGAAACUGCCCUGCUGAAGCAAGAGAUGAUUUUGGAUGCACAGAGCCUGCCAUGCCUAAAAAGUGCAAUAUUGUCCAGAAGCCAGCUAAGCAUAAUGCUCUUCGGAUUGGGUCAAACAGAGCAGUUGCCAAGCUUUGGAGGCCUGUGAGGCGUGAAGUUGGAACACAAUAUCCUGAAGAGGGUGUCAUGUCUUCCAAGUUUGAUGAUCGGACAUCAAAGGGGCAGCUCGGUGCACUAAGCUCCCGCUAUGAUGAUCGGACAUCAUUAAAUGAAAAUCCUUUGCAUUGUCAGGUUCCUGAUGGAAAUGCAAAUCAAGUUUUGGGAUUUUCAGAUAUUGUGGAAAAAGCUAAAGUUUUUCUUGCUCAGAGAUGGAGGGAGGCCAUCGCUGGGGAUCAUGUCGUGUAUUCUCGUGACACUUUCUCAGGGCAGCCAGACGUGCCAACUAGCAGUUCAGAAGCAGCCCCAGCAUCAGAUUCUGAGGAACAUUCCAUUGUUUCCACAGCUGAUGAUUAGCUGGCAAAAAAUGAAGUUACUUAAUUCAUCUUCAAGUAGAAACACUAAGGUCAAGUUUAGGCCAAAGCCUGAAAAGGGUAUUAAGACAAAGUACAUUCCCAAGCAUAAAAAGGAUAAAAGAUAACUUUCUAACUCAUACCCAAUUGUGCAGUUCCUAACCAGUGUAGCAGAGAUUCCUUUUUACCAGUGGUCUUCUGUAAGAGAGUUAAACAAAGGGGGUUUCUAGAGAAGUAGCUUGGUCCCAUCCCCUCUAGUUUGAGUCAAUACCAAUUUUGUUGUAAUGAUGUAGGGUUUUCCUUUUUGGCCUCAUUCGUUAAUUCUUUCUGCUCACCAGAUACCAUGUAUGUUCGGACAAUGUAUGGAUAAUCAAUUGAUAAAAAUGAUCGCGAAGAUCACUGAGCAACCAUUUUUGUGUUUCUUUUUCUUAUUCCUAUUUUGAUCGGGCAACCCUCAGCCCGCCCUUCUCUCCGUUGAUGUCCAUACGGAUAUGCUUAAGCUAUCUUUCCCUAAAUGC